AUGUUGGUUAUUGUUUGGCAGCCAUACACCGACGAUCUCCUCAGAUCCAUACCCUCCCAGUACCUUGCGGGUUCAGAAGUUUGGCAUGCUCGGGUACCCUUGAUUUACUACAACAUUGUGGAGUGGCACCAGCCAGAUAGAGUAUUGCAGCAGUUUGGGCUUAUUCAGCCUAUCCCUCUGGCCCCAGUGCAAGAUCACCGCCUCCAUUCCCUCCUUUACAAGAGCAGCAACAACUACAUGGAGAUCCUCGGGUAUUACGUACUGAUUUGGCUCCACAGGGAGUCACAUGUCGUUGGCGGUUACCGUUUUGAGCGUCCACCACACUACCAUUCCCAGUACAUGGAGUGGUAUCGGAGACACACCCGGAGGUGGAUUACCUGGCAGGGUGCAGCUGACGGUUCGAGUCGUGAUUUGGCGGAGAUGGUCCACGUCCGGAGAUCUAGCCGUGACUCCAUAAUUGGGUCCGCUGCACGCAGUUCACAAAUGGCGUACAUGGAGGAUCGUCGGGAUGUCACUCUUCCACCGCCUGAGCCAGCAGUCCCGGCAUUUGUACUGCCUCCUCUCACUCCUUUGACGGUUGACUUGGAUUCCAUUCACGGUCGUCGUAGACAACGGCCUACACCACGCCAGCCUCGCCAGCGGCCAGAUCAGCCUAUACCGCCCCCUGUGUACUAUCAUUACGAUGCAGGAGAGAGCUCGCAGACACGACAGAACUAUUGCGGGCCUACUCAGUUUCAGGGUGACGGUUCACAGUUUCAGCAGCACUCGCAGGUCCCUCCGACCUCAUCGUUUCCGGUACCACCGUCAUCCGGGCCGUUCUUUUACUCCUCUGAACAAACGCCGUAUACCACUCCUUUGACAGAGCCGGCUCAGUAUCGACAGGCUACACCACCCCCAUUUCAGGCACCUCAGCAUGGUCAACCUUCUACCCCCUCUGAUCAGGGUUACCGGCCCGUGUUUUCUUGGUUCGAUCAACCGUCAGCGUCACAUUCGCGUCCCUCCCAUUCCACCCCGGUCGCGGAUCCGUCGCAGAUGUUUUUUUCUCUAUCAGAGGCUUGGUUGAACAGUCCAGGUCUCGGGGAGGGGGGCUCUUUCGAGGCGUUACAGUCCGGUAGUAUUCAGUUUUCGGGUCCGUCCUUCAGCCUCCUUCCGCAGUCACAGGAGGCACCGACUACUGCACCGGCUGCAGAUGAUCAGGAGCUAUCCCUAGACGAUGAUCACGAGAGCGAGGGCGCGCCAGGUGACAGAUCGGGUGAUAGACAGUAUCGCGAUCUUACUGAGAGCAGUCUGCGCCGCAGGCAAGAUAUGAGGUACGAUAUGAGGACUCAACUGGAGAAGAACACUAGAUAUCGAGAUUAUUUAUGA